AUGAAAGAAGAGCAACUUGUUGGAGCAGCUCAGUUGUUGCAUGGGAAGAUCAUAGAUUGGACCAUGUCUUGGAGAGGUUCCAACAUGCGCCAGCUGCAAGGCGACAUUUCAGUAGUUGCUUCGCCGUUGGUUGAGGCUGAGGAUCUGGCUGCGCAAUGCGUCUUAUCUCCAGACCUUGGUCACGUCGGAUUCGCGGCUACGGUACUGGACAGUCGAGAAAGUUCCCGUCAUGUCAAGGACGACGCAAUGGUAUGCUGA